AUGCCUGGCCCAGCCACGGGCAGUCCGGUGUCCAUCUUCGUGUAUGACGUGAAGCCCGGCGCCGAGGAGCAGACCCAGGUGGCCAAAGCUGCCUUCAAGCGCCUCAAAACCCUCCGGCACCCCAACAUUCUGGCCUACAUCGACGGGCUGGAGACGGACAAAUGCCUCCACAUGGUGACGGAAGCCGUGACCCCCCUGGGCACGUACCUCAAGGCCCAAGUGGAGGCUGGUGGCCUGAAGGAGCUGGAGCUCUCCUGGGGGCUCCACCAAAUCGUGAAAGCCCUCAGCUUCCUGGUCAAUGACUGCAGCCUCAUUCACAACAACGUCUGCCUGGCCGCUGUGUUCGUGGACCGAGCAGGGGAGUGGAAACUUGGGGGCCUGGACUACAUGUACUCGGCCCAGGGCGACGGUGGGGGGCCCCCUCGCAAGGGGUACCCCGAGCUUGAGCAGUAUGACCCCCCGGAGUUGGCUGACAGCAGUGGCCGAGCAGUUGGAGAGAAGUGGUCAGCCGACAUGUGGCGCCUGGGCUGCCUCAUCUGGGAGGUCUUCAAUGGACCCCUGGUGCGGGCGUCCGCCCUGCGCAAUCCUGGGAAGAUCCCCAAAUCGCUAGUGCCCCACUACUGUGAGUUGGUCGGAGCCAACCCCAAGGUGCGCCCCAACCCGGCCCACUUCCUACAGAACUGCCGGGCGCCUGGUGGCUUCCUGAGCAACCGCUUUGUGGAGACCAACCUCUUCCUGGAGGAGAUUCAGAUCAAAGAGCCAGCGGAGAAGCAGAAGUUCUUUCAGGAGCUGAGCAAGAGCCUGGACUCAUUCCCUGAGGGUUUCUGCCGCCACAAGGUGCUGCCGCAGCUGCUGACAGCCUUCGAGUUUGGGAACGCCGGGGCUGUGGUCCUCACGCCCCUCUUCAAGGUGGGCAAGCUCCUGAGCGCGGAGGAGUAUCAGCAGCAGGUGAUCCCCGUGGUGGUAAAGAUGUUUUCAUCCACCGACCGUGCCAUGCGCAUCCGCCUCCUCCAGCAGAUGGAGCAGUUCAUCCAGUACCUCGACGAGCCGACGGUCAACACCCAGAUCUUCCCGCACGUCGUCCACGGCUUCCUGGACACCAACCCCGCCAUCCGGGAACAGACGGUCAAGUCCAUGUUGCUCCUGGCUCCCAAGCUGAACGAGUCUAACCUCAACCUGGAACUGAUGAAGCACUUUGCGCGGCUGCAGGCUAAGGAUGAGCAGGGCCCCAUCCGCUGCAACACUACCGUCUGCCUGGGCAAGAUUGGCUCCUACCUCAGUGCCAGCACCAGACACCGGGUCCUCACGUCAGCCUUCAGCAGAGCUACCAAGGACCCGUUUGCCCCAUCCCGGGUUGCGGGCGUCCUCGGCUUUGCUGCCACCCACAACCUCUACUCCCUGAGUGACUGUGCCCACAAGAUCUUGCCCGUGCUCUGCGGCCUCACUGUGGACCCUGAGAAAUCUGUGCGGGACCAGGCCUUCAAGGCCAUUCGAAGUUUCCUGUCCAAACUGGAGUCCGUGUCAGAGGACCCCACCCAGCUGGCAGAAGUGGAGAAGGACGUCCAUGCGGCCUCCAGCCCUGGGAUGGGAGGAGCCGCAGCCAGCUGGGCAGGCUGGGCAGUGACAGGAGUCUCAUCGCUCACCUCCAAGCUGAUCCGAACCCACCCCACGGCUGCCCCCGCCGCCGAGACCAGCACCCCCCAGCGCCCCCCGCCUGAGGGACUGCCGGCCCUAGCCCCCGUUCCCGCUGCCCCCACCACCACAAGCCACUGGGAGGCCCAGGAGGAGGGUAGGGACACAGCAGAGGACAGCAGCCCUGGCGACAGGUGGGACGACGAAGAUUGGGGCAGUUUGGAGCAGGAGGCGGAGUCAGUGCUGGCCCAGCAGGAUGACUGGAGUUCCGGGGGCCUGGCAGGCAGGCCAGCUCAGGCCGGCACCUCUGACCACAAAUCCUCCUCGGACUCCACCUGGACCAACUGGGAGGCCGAGGGCUCGUGGGAGCAGGGCUGGCAGGAGCCGGAGCCCCCAGAACCACCCCCUGAGGGCACGCGAUUGGCCAGCGAGUAUAACUGGGGCAGCUCAGAACCCAGCGACAAGGGUGACCCCUUCGCUGGCCUGACCACACGUCGGGAGACAAGUGCCCAGCAGCCGAGGCCAGACUCCUGGGGUGAGGACAGCUGGGAAGGCCUGGACACCGACCGCCAGGCCAAGGCGGAGCUGGCCCGGAAGAAGCGGGAGGAGCGACGGCGGGAGAUGGAGGCCAAGCGCGCAGAGAGGAAGGCGUCCAAGGGCCCCAUGAAGCUGGGCACUCGGAAGCUAGACUGAAGUGCAGGGUGGGCGCUCCCGGCUGGCGCGGAGAGCAGGCCCUGCGAGUGUAUUUAUUGUACAAACCAUGUGAGUCUGGCCCUGGCCAGGCACCGCGAGUGUACAGAAUCAGAGCCACAAUAAAUUCUAUUUCACACCCCUG